AUGGUGAGCAAGAAGAGUAAAGGGCGUCAAAAGAUAGCAAUAAAAAAAAUAGAAAACAAAGACGACCGCUUUGCCACAUUCUCAAAGCGUCGUACAGGCUUAUACAAAAAGGCCAGCAACCUUGUUUCACAAUGUGAUGCUGACAUUGGAAUCGUACUUUCUUCCCCUACGGGUAAGCCUUUCUCAUUUUUUCACCCUACAACUGAUGUUGUUAUUGCUUGUUUUCAAAAUCCUGAUAUGCAGUUAAGUGAGACUGAUCGUCUAGUUGCGGCUUAUGCUCGAAACAAAGUGAACCAUCUCAAUAGUAGGCUUGAAGAGUUUGAUACCAGAGAAGAUGCAGCAAUUGCUCAAACACGUUUCUAUGACCAAAUGUCAAAAACUAGACAGAAUGAUUGGUGGGAGUCAAUUGAGCAGCUCAAUGUUGAUGAAAUGACAAUGUUUGAAGCGUGGUUAGACAAUGCUAUGUUUAAUUUGAACAAUCAUUUGAAUCAGUUGGAAAUUGGAGCUUCAUCCUCAUCACCAAACUACUUCUAA